AUGCGUCGACUGUUCUGGACCGUCUACACGUUUGACCGGAAUGUCGCCUUGCUCAUGGGACGCGCCUUGUAUCUGCAAGAUAUUGAAAUCGAUACACGUCAUCCGGAAAUCUCCGCAGACCCCGCUAUAUACGGUCGGCUAUAUUCUACCGUGGCACUGGCAGCCGACCCAGCUGUACGAGCCCAGCACAUCAGGGAGUUGGCUACCGAGCUCCACCGAUGGUUUUUCGAGCUAAAGCGGAUCGAUGGAAGCCAAGUGAAUUACCCACAAAUCUAUCAGCUGUCGCGAAAAAACUGGGACAUUCUCUACUACUCCAGUCUAACAUCCACCCUGCGAGCGUCAUCCACAUCUGGGUCUGGCUCGGAUAUCAAUUCAGAUUGCCUCAAGGCAGCUCGAUUGGCUCUAUAUGGGUAUCUUGAUUGUAUGCCUGCUUAUGAUGUACCGGGAUACCUUUCGAGUGUCGAAUAUGCCAAUUGCUGGUCGGAUCUAGAGCUUCUGGAUCAAGUAGUAUCAUCGCUGGAGCGCAUUCGUUCGGCGUCCCGGGCAUGCAAGCGCCUCUACCAAAUAUGUGCGACCUUUGCGCGACUGGCCCGAGGUCUUAUGCAGACCCACGGCUUUCAUUUUGGGACAUAUACUGACUGCGACGGUACGCUUCGGUUCCUCAAUGGUGUCGGCGAAACGUCUAUCUUUCAUCCAGAGUCAAUCCAGGGUGUCUUCGACUCAGAAACAGUCGAUUAUCUGACGGCCGCAGAGGCCAACGACAUGACGUCCAUUCUGGGAAGUUGGGCAAGUGGACAGCCACUGGGAAUGGAUUCAUUUGGCUUCAGCGAAUAG